AUGAACUAAGAGCUUCUUCUUAAAUUUUUUAAUGACGAACCAUUUAAAUCUGAACGUAUGUGUGGAUUAACAAAUUUCGUCUAUAAGGUUUCCACUACGAAAUAAUCGGUAAUUUAUAGACGUUAUACAUCUACAUUUCGACUGUUCUAAAACCGAGAAAGAGAAGUAAGGUUGUAAUAAGAACUUGCAUAAUUAGAAUUAGCACCAAAAGUGUUAUAUUCUGAUAAAUUCUAAAGAAUAGAAGAAUAUUGGCCAUACUCUCCUGUAACACUAUCAGAAAUAAAAGAAGAUUAUAUAUAGGUGGCAAGAAUGCUUGGUUCAUUCCACAAAUUGAGAAAUAGAAAUUCAUUUGUAGAAAUCUUUGAUACUCCUUCUAUUUAUUAAUGGUUACAUAAUGUUAAUUUAAGAGAUGAGAUUUUUGAUGUAAUUUCAGAUUCUAAUUGUUAAUAACUAUAUUAAACAUUUGAGCAAGUUUUUUCAGAUCAAAACUAAACAUUUAUUUUAGGAUUAUUUAAGGAUCCAUGUUUUAGUGAAUUACCAUUAGUUAUUGCACAUAAUGAUCUUAAUGCUACAAAUCUCUUAAAAGAUAAAAGAUUAAUGAAAUAUCAUUUGAUUGAUUUUGAAUUUGCAGGAUUGAAUUAUCCAGGUUAUGAAUUAGCUAAUUUUUUUAAUGAAAUGGAAUGGGAUUAUACAUUUUCAGAGCCUCCCUAUUUUAAAAUUAAGGAAGGAUGGCAAGAAGAUUUAAAAUUAAAUUUUAUAAAAGAGUAUUGGAAAGAAUAUGCAAAUUCUGAUGAGAUACCUAAAUCACUAUUAAGACAAAUAGAAAUAGGAGGAAUAUUGUAAAAUUAUUUUUGGAUGUUAAUUGGUGGAUUAUCUAUGAAAUAAGAAUAAUAAGGAAUAGAUUUAGUAUAUUAUGUAAACAGAAGGAUGAUGAAUUUUAAUAAGGUUUUGAAUUUAAAGCAAUGA